UAGCGCCAGCCCCUCGAAGUGAAAUACAAAGUGCAAACCCGAGAAGAAAAUCCUCAUAUUUCCACUCGAAAAUAGAAAUUUAUUGCACGGAAAUUGUUGAAAAUGGAAUAAAAAUCCAGUGCUGAGUGAUUGAGAUUCGUCAAUUAAAUUUAAUACAUGCUGAGUGAAACUUCAAGACUUCUUCACCGAUUUUAGGUUAGAAAUAAAAGAGUGAAUAUGUAUAGUUUCAUAAAAUUAUGCAUUCGAAGUCCGUCUGUCUAUUCGAAAAAUAUUCUUCGACAAGAGAAAAGAUUCGCAGGACACAGUAAAUGGCAGAAUAUCAAACAUGUCAAGGCGGAGAAAGACGCGGAAAAAUCCCUUCUCAAUGCAUCUUACGUGAGAAAAAUGCAGGUCGCUAUUGCCGAGGGAAAAAGUCACAAGCCCAUAGAAAAUCUGAAACUAGCCCAAAUAAUGGAAGAGGCAAAGAAGAAAUGUGUGCCAGCUGCAACGAUAGCUGGAGUCCUGGAACGAGCAGAAAAAUCGAAGACAAAAUCGCGAGCAGAACUCCUGGACUUCAGAGGCCCCGGGGGUUCUAUAUUCGUCAUAAAAAUUCUCUCCGACAACAUACCAUUAAUAAAAAAUCUACUGAACACAGUUUUCCGUAAGAAUAAUUGUGUCGUCGGUGAUGAAAAGCUCCGGAAUGUCUUCGAGCAUCGAGGAGUGGUAAUAGCAGAAAUACAGAAAGACCUGGACGGAGCGACAGACGACGCCAUCGCCGUGGGUGCCGAAGAGGUCGAGGAGUUCGAGAACAACGGAAAAUUCUACAAGUUCUACUGCAAUCCAGUGGUCAUCCCAAAAGUCGUCACAAAGCUCCAAUCCUUGAACUACAGCGUGCAAUCGGCAGACGAGGAAUUUAUUCCAAACGUAAUCACAACUGUAGACGAAAAUGAUUCAAAGAAAAUUGACAAUUUGUACAAGAAACUCAAUCAAUUUGAAGAAAUCGUAUCGAUCAACCACAACAUCGACUUCAGUGACGAGCAACAGCAGGCAGCGUCCCGAAGCUAAUGUUAAGUAGUAACAAUAAAAAAAGACGUUUAUCUCUUCAAAUUAUCAAAUUUUACUGAAAUAUAUUAAUUACAUUUCGACCACGAUUCACUUUCCCCGAUUUUUCGUUCUGAGAAUAGAAUUCUGUGCAUGAAAUUCAUGACCAAGAAUUAUUUCUACAAAUGUACAUAAUCAUCAGUUCUACAAGAACUGAAAUUCUCUAAUUAACUGGAAGCCUUUGUAAAUUUGAAAUAUUAUAGAUUAUUCGAGUGA